AUGUUCAAACAGCGGCCACGUCGUCAAGAGGCAUAUAGCUCCCGGGUUCAACACACGGGAGAAGAGCCGCCUCGUCCUGAUCGAAGACAACGAAGAAAGAGCCCUACUAGCUCCGAAGAAGGGGCAGACUCUCAACACUCAGAUCCUGCUUCGUCUCCUCCUGAGCCCGAGCAUGACAUCAACAUGAGGUAUCGCCGAAAAGGGCCUUUCAGCUGGCGCAAUGAGAUUUGUCGGUUUUUAGAUGUUUCUCCUGAUGCUCUGGAUGAUGAUGUUAUCAAGGCUAUGGACAAAGCGUCCCAGGUUCUCAAAGAAGCCGAGCAAAUGAAAGCCGCAUAUGAGGCUCGCCUUGGCCCCCCGCGAUACGAAAUACAUCAUGCAGUUCGAUGCGAGCAAUACAGAAUGGAAAACAAAGUAUACCUGGAUGAGCCAUGGGUAGUGGAAGCAGGUCCCAACAAUGCUCACUUACGAGGUAGUCAAGACGUUUCCAACUUGGAACUGCAUCUCGAAAGAAACAAAGAGGUUGUGUUCAUCGUCUACAAGAACUACAGAUGCUGUGGAGAACAAUCCGGCGGCCCCUUUGAAAAUCCUCACGAAUCAGAUGUCAAGAUUGAGGCGAAUUCGCUGCUUAAUGCUGAGUAUAUAUGGAUCAUCUCUCCAGAACUCAAGUCGGCUUUAGAGGAAUUUGCAGAAAUUGCCUUGGCCGGGUUCCCCCAUCCUAAUUUCGGGGAAGAUGAAGCAAUGCGCUAUCCAUAUAUCUGGUGGUUUCAUCGCCGAGCACAAAUUGAUGAGACAUUCGAGGAGUAUCACUUAUCGGCCUGGUCACAGAUGGUUGACGUAAUUCGAAAAUACGUCCUUGAGCGCAUGGCAGAGGAAUGGAAGACAGUUGAUGAGUUACUUGCCAGAAAUGCAAUCUCUCUUCAAUACAUGAACUAUCUAUUUAUUCCCGAUCAAAUCGCUAUCUCGACAGAACAGGGCCGCGGAGUUUCCAAACUUCAAGGUGUGAUAACGAGGGACUGGUAUGACCAAUCUCCAUCUAUUGAAUCUCCAUCAGAAAUAGAUGUCACCUAUUGGACCUUCGAUGGUACAUUCCACAAGGCUUCCAGAGAGGUUUCUAUCAAAGGUCCUCUAGUCAAAACUCUGACAAUGGUGGAGGAGUUCAACAUCACAGAUCUGUCACUCUAUCCUAUCCAGUAUGCAAGCGAUGGUGUUAUCGAUGCACUACGAAAUCGUGGUAAAAUGUUCUGGAAAUGUCGUUUCCGAAAUUAUUGCGCUCUUGUUGAGGAGGAGAGUGAGGGGCUUGAGAAUUCUGUAGGUCUCUCCCCCAACUAA